GGCUGAAACAUGGCUGCGCUGGGAGCUCUGUUGCUUUGGGCGCCGGGAGCAGGAGGUACUCCACAAAUGAGAAAACUGAGAAUGUGUUCUGCGUAAUUCAUCUCUUUUUAUCACCCUGCACUGUGUGCUGGGAAAAUGCAUCAUCCAUUUGGAAGAGAGGAAACUGCUUCAGAGAAGCAUCUGUUUGGAUUUUUCUGUGAGUGCCUUCAGAGAGGAGAAUGGGAGCUGGCACAGGCAUGUGUUCCUCAGCUACAGGAGGCAAAGGGGGAUAUCCCAGAGAAAGUGGAAGAAAUACUGCAGGCGCUGGUGGUGUGUCCAAAUCAACUGAGAUGUGGACAGGACAUUAACCCUCAAAGAAUAGCCUGGGUAUGGCUUCUUGUACUGGAAAAAUGGUUGGCACAGGGAAAGAAGUCCCUCCCAGCUGUUUUCCGGAAAAGACUUGAGUUUCUUUUAUUGUCAGAAGAUCUACACGGUGAUAUUCCAGAGGACAUCCUCAAGGAGCUAUAUGAGGUCUUAGCACAAGACAUGGUAAGCCCUCUGGUAGAUGGAAAUCGCAAGCGGGAGAGCUGGACCCCUCAGCUCAGCUCAGAAGCCAUCUCUGCGCUCUGGGAUCUUCUGAGACAGUCUCCCCAGCCAGCACAUGCCCUGCUGGAACUCCUGCUUCGGGGAUAUGAAGAUACUGGCCUGUGUGGCUGGCCUCUGCAGAAGGCACUGGUGGACCUUACUCGAAAGGCCCUGAGAGCUUUGCAGGGCCCUGCACCUGGGCCCCCUGGUGCAGUGGAUGCCAUAUAUGGAGCCCUGCGGACUUUGCAUUGCCCUGCUGAGCCUGUCGGGCUUGAGCUGCGCCUACUGUGUGAGGAACUACUGGAGGCCUGCAGUGCUGAGGGGAGUCCCCUGCAAGAGGAGCGCCUACUGGGCUGCCUGCUACACCGGGCUGGUGGGGGCCUGCUCUCCCUAUAUGGCCACACCUAUGCAGAAAAGACCACUGAAAAGUCACCGAAGGAUCCUCCCACAGGAAAUGUCUCACCGGAUCAUCUUGAUCCUGAACGGGCAAUGCUAACCCUGUUCUCUAAUCCUGACCCAGCCCAGGCUUGGAAAUCGGCCUAUUUCUACUGCCUGGGCAACAACAAGCACUUCCUUGAGCAGAUCCUAGUAACAGCUCUAACACUGUUGAAAGAGGAAGACUUCCCAAGUCUUGGCCGUCUGCUCGACAGAGAAUUCAAGCCUCUCAGGCGCCUUCUUGUGCUCCUGGGCUGGACACACUGCCAGAGCCUAGAUUCAGCCAAGAGGCUGCUCCAGACACUCCACAGGACACAGGACCCAGGCUGCGAUAAGCUCCUCAGGGAUGCCUGUGAUGGGUUGUUGGCACACCUGGAGGUCCUGGAGUGGUGUGUCCAACAGAACAGCAACCCCAUACCAAAGAGAGAUCUUUUGUGUCACUUACAUGGUGGAGACAGCCACUCAGUGCUCUACUCUCUCCAUCACCUUACAAACCUUCCAGCACUCAGGGAGGAAGAUGUCCUCAAGCUCUUACAAAAGGUGCCAGCCAAGGACACACAGCAAGAGAAUGAUUCAGCUGAUGGCCUGGUCCCUGAGCACCUGAGCCAUUGUCAAAACCUGACACUCUACCAGAGCUUCUGUGCCAUCAAGUACGCCAUCUAUGCCCUCUGUGUGAACUUACACCAGCACUCCCAGUGCCAGGAAUGCAAAGACAGUCCCUCCCAGGACAUGACCACAGCUGCGGAGCCAGCAAGUGACUCUCUUCCCUCUCCAGGUGCUUCAAAUCUCUUCGCAACAUACCUGGCCAGGUGUCAACAGUAUCUACACAGUGUUCCUGACUCUCUAUGCCUGGAACUUCUAGAAAAUAUCUUUUCAUUACUUCUUAUCACCUCUGCUGAUCUUCACCCAGAGCCUCACCUGCCUGAGGACUAUGCUGAGGAUGAUUAUGUUGAAGGGAAGAGCCCCUUAGGUUGGAGGUCCCCGUCAGCGAGCCCUCAGCACACAGCACAACCUGAAAGGAAGUCAGAACGAGGUUCCCUAGGAGUCCCCAGGAACCUUGCUUACACAGUUCCAAGCUGUCUGAAAACAGAGCCAAAAGACUCUCACCCUGGAACUCACGGGGACAGCUUUUUGGACCUACAGCAUUUCACUAGUGGGUUCAGUGGGUUCCUGGCUGAUGAAUUUGCAGUGGGAGCCUUCCUUGGGAUGCUCCAGGAACAGCUGGAGGAGAUCAGCAGCCACACUCCCCCUGAGGCACCCAAACCCUUAGAAGGCCAGAGCUGCUCAGGAAACAGGGAUGGGCUACAAAUCCGCCUACACCAGUUUGCCAAAGUUCUCUCUGAAACCCAGUGGAGAUACAAGGUGGUAACAACCAACCGGAGUUCAGAAGAGCAGCCUUCCCGAAGAUACCGGCCCAUUGCAACGCGGCACUCCAGUCUCCGGCGGGGUCGUCGGACAAGAAAGAGUCGGGCAGAUGGCCGAGACAGAGGUUCCAACCCAUCCCUGGAAAGUACGAGUAGUGAGCUGAGCACAAGCACUUCAGAGGGAAGUCUGAGCACUACGUCAGGGAGGAAUGAGCUGGACAGCCAAACCCAGCCCCAAAGCUCAUUCAUCCCCAUGAUGUUCUCCCCACCUGAGUCACUGCUGGCAUCGUGUAUCCUCCGGGGAAACUUCACAGAAGCCCAUCAGGUGGUGUUCACGUUCAACCUGAAGUCGUCACCCAGCUCAGGGGAGCUGAUGUUCAUGGAGCGCUACCAGGAAGUGAUCCAGGAACUGGCCCGUGUGGAGCACAAGAUUGAAAAUCAGAGCUCAGAGGGGGGCAGCAGCACCAUCCGCAGAACAGGCAGUGGCCGCUCAACUCUACAGGCCAUUGGCAGUGCUGCAGCAGCAGGGAUGGUAUUUUACUCCAUCUCUGAUGUGACUGACAAGCUGCUUAGCACCUCUGGAGACCCCAUCCCCACACUCCAGGAGGACUUCUGGAUAAACGGUACCCUGGUGGAGUCCACUGCUCCCCUGAGAGAGGUUCUGGAAGACCUCAGUCCCCCCGCCAUGGCUGCAUUUGACCUAGCUUGCUGUCAGUGCCAGCUCUGGAAAACCUGCAAGCAGCUCCUGGAGACGGCCGAACGGCGUCUGAACAACAGCCUUGAGAGCCGGGGUCAACGGCUAGACCAUCUUCUUGUCAAAUCUGAUGGCAUUCGAGGUUUCCCAGUUGUUCUUCAGCAAAUCACUAAGAUUCUCAAUUAUCCACUUACAUCAGUCGGGCAAACUAAAUCAGAGGGUGUAGAAGAAAAAGGAGGGUGUCCUCCACGCUGCAGCAUUGCUGAGCUUCUUCAGAUGUGCUGGCCCAGCCUAACUGAAGAUUGUGUUACCAGCCAAACGACCCUCUCUCAGCAGCUUGAUCAGGUCCUGCAGUCACUGAGAGAGGCGCUAGAGUGGCAAGAACCCCGGAGUACUCCACUCUCCUCCCUGGUAGAGCAAGUGGCCCAGAAAGCUCCAGAAGCAGAGACCCACCCAGUAUAUGUCCAGACUCAGCUCCUCCAAAAGAACCUGGGCAGAGAGACUACAUGGGCAGUAGGCAGCGGGCAGACGGACUACAUGGGCACCUUCUUCAGUUACUGCAGCACCCUGGCUGCUGUUCUCCUCCGCAGUUUGAGCUCGGAGCAUGAUCACGCAAAGGUCAAGGUAGGAAAUCCCUUUGUUCUUCUGCAACAGAGUCCUUCCCAACUGGUGUCUCACCUCCUGCUUGAGAGACAAGUCCCCCCAGACAGGGUGGCAGCCCUUCUGACCCAAGAGGGGCUGAGUCUAAGUGUGCCACAGGUCAUCGUCAACUGCUGCUGUGCGCCCCUGGCCCUCUGCUCUUCCCAGCAAAACCAGCAGACAUCAUCCCUUCUGACCCACCUGGGCACCCUGGCCCAGCGGCACACCUCCCACUGCCUGGAGGACCUCCCUCUUUCUACACCGACCUCGCCAAAUCCAACUGAGAAUCCCACAUUGGAGAAAAAGCCUCUCUCUUCCUCAAGGGAUUCAUCACCCCCAGCCCUCACCUCCUCUGCCCUGUCCUUUCUUAAGUCCUGCUCGAAGCUUCUGGCUACAGUAGCCUGUCUGAGGGCUUCCCGAGGAGCGAAGGUCACCAAGCCCAGCUUGUCAUGGAAAGAACUUCGUGGCCACAGGGAGGUAACUCUGAAUGCAGAGCAGAUAGCCCAGGAGUGUGAGCACCUUCUGGAACAGUUCCCCAGGCUUGAGGCCGCUCUCCUUGCUGCCUGGGAACCCCUACGAGGGCCCUCUGAGCAAGGACAAAGUCUGGCACGGAGUCUCUGUGGCCGGUCCUGUCUCUCUACUGUCCUUCUGGGCCUGCAUUCUCCCAAUGCCCUGGAUGUGCUCACCGAGGCCUUCGAGGAAGCCCUAGUGGCCAAAGAUUGGCCCCGGGCCCUUCAGCUCACUGAAGUGUAUGGACGAGACGUGGAUGACUUGAGCAACGUAAAGGAUGCCAUCCUGAGCUGCGCUGCAGCAUGUGAUAAAGAAGGUUGGCAAUACCUCUUUCCUGUGAAGGAUGCAUCUUUGAGAAGUAGGUUGACCCUACAGUUUGUGGACAGGUGGCCCCUGGAGUCGUGCCUGGAGAUCCUGGCCUACUGCAUCUCAGACACAGCUGUGCAAGAUGGACUGAAGUGUGAGCUACAGAGAAAGCUGGCAGAGCUGCGGGUAUAUCAGAAGAUUCUAGGUUUGCAGGCAAGCCCAGUGUGGUGUAACUGGCAGACACUGAGGAAAUGUUCUGUUGAGGACCCAUCAACUGUCAUGAACAUGAUUCUAGAAGCAAAGGAGUAUGGGCUAUGUGAGGAAUGGGGCUGCCUGUACCCCAUUCCAAGAGAACAUCUAAUCAACCUACAUCAAAGGCAUCUUCUCUACCUUCUAGAAACAGGAGAUCAUGAAAAGGCACUGCAACUCCUGCGAAGAAUUCCAGACCCUACCAUGUGCCUUGAGGUGACAGAGCAGUCCCUUGACCAACACCCUACCUUGGCCACAUCUCAUUUCUUGGCCAACUACCUCACCACCCACUUCUAUGGGGAACUGAGUGCCGUCCGGCACCGUGAAAUCCAGGCAUUGUACAUGGGAUCCAAGGUUCUGCUGACACUGCCUGAGCAGCACCGGGCCAGCUAUUCCCACCUGUCCACUAACCCCCUGCUCAUGUUGGAACAGUUGCUCAUGAACAUGAAAGUGGAUUGGGCCACUGUGGCUGUGCAGACCCUGCACCAGCUGCUGGCCGGCCAGGAGAUUGGCUUCACCAUGGACGAAGUCGACUUGCUGCUUUCCAGAUAUGCAGGGAAAGCCUUGGACUUCCCGUACCCUCUGAGGGAGAAACGAUCAGAUUCUGUGAGUCACCUCCAGGAAAUAGUCAGUCAGGCUUCAGACCUCGAAACCCUGUCGAGAUCACCAUCAACAGAGUUUGCUUCUGCUGCUGCUCCUGGUGUCUCCAUUGUGCAUUCCCCCAUUUUGAGGGAGAGGAGCUUCUUGCCAAGCCAGCCCUCACUGGAGUUUGUACCCCCUGCAACACCUCCUGCCAGGCAUCAGUGGGUACCAGAUGAGACGGAGAGCAUCUGCAUGGUCUGCUGCAGGGAGCACUUUACCAUGUUUAAUAGGCGUCAUCAUUGUCGCCGCUGUGGCCGGCUAGUGUGCAAUUCCUGCUCCACUAAGAAAAUGGCGGUGGAAGGCUGCAGAGAGAACCCUGCCCGCGUGUGCGACCAAUGCUAUAAUUACUACAACAAAGAUGUGUCAGAUGAGAGUCCGGGACAAGCAGAAGCCCCAGACAGCUCCAAGAGUGAGAGCCCUCCCUACUCAGCGGUGGUGAGAGUCCCCAAAGCGGCUGAGGUCGAGUGGAUUUUGGACCUGAACGAGGAGGAAAAUGAGCUGGUGCGGAGUGAAUUCUACUAUGAGCAGGCCCCCAGUGCCUCCUUGUGCAUCGCCAUCCUGAAUCUGCACCGGGACAGCACUGCCUGUGGCCACCAGCUGAUCGAGCACUGCUGCAGGCUGUCCCAGGGCCUCACCAACCCGGAGGUGGAUGCAGGGCUUCUCACAGAUAUCAUGAAGCAGCUGCUCUUCAGUGCCAAGAUGAUGUUUGUCAAAACUGGCCGGAGCCAGGAUCUGGCUCUUUGUGACAGCUAUAUCAGCAAAGUAGAUGUGCUGAUUAUUUUGGUUGCUGCUGCCUAUCGCCACGUGCCAUCUCUGGAUCAGAUCUUGCAGCCAGCUGCAGUAACCCGGCUGAGGAACCAGCUUCUAGAAGCAGAGUACUACCAACUGGGCGUUGAGGUCUCCACAAAGACUGGGCUUGACACGACUGGUGCAUGGCACGCUUGGGGCAUGGCCUGCCUCAAAGCUGGAAACCUCUCUGCUGCCCGGGAGAAGUUCAGUCGCUGCCUGAAACCCCCUUUUGACCUCAAUCAACUGAAUCAUGGCUCAAGACUGGUACAGGAUGUGGUUGAAUACCUGGAGUCUACAGUGAGGCCACUCCUAUCCUUGCAAGAUGAUGAUUACGUUGCCACCUUGAAAGAACUGGAAGCUACCCUUCGGACACAGAGCCUCUCCCUGGAGGUGAUACCUGAAGGGAAGAUCAUGAACAACACCUACUACCAGGAGUGCCUCUUCUACCUGCAUAACUAUAGCACCAACCUGGCCAUCAUCAGCUUCUAUGUGAGGCACAGCUGCCUGAGGGAAGCUCUACUGCAUCUCCUCAACAAGGAGAGUCCUCCAGAAGUCUUCAUAGAAGGCAUCUUCCAGCCAAGCUAUAAAAGUGGGAAGCUACACAUUUUGGAAAACUUGCUAGAAUCCAUUGAUCCAACCUUAGAGACCUGGGGAAAGUACCUGAUUGCUGCCUGCCAACAUUUACAGAAGAAGAACUACUAUCAUAUUCUGUAUGAGCUGCAGCAGUUCAUGAAGGACCAGGUCCGGGCUGCCAUGACCUGUAUCCGCUUCUUCAGUCACAAAGCAAAAACAUAUACAGAACUGGGAGAAAAGCUCUCGUGGCUACUUAAGGCCAAGGACCACUUGAAGAUCUACCUCCAGGAAAACUCCCGCAGCUCAAGAAAGAAGAAAACCACUUUCUUCCGAAAGAAGAUGACUGCAGCUGAUGUAUCGAGGCAUAUGAACACGCUCCAGCUGCAGAUGGAAGUCACCAGGUUCCUACAUCGUUGUGAAAGCGCUGGUACCUCGCAGAUCACCAGCUUGCCUCUACCAACACUGUUUGGAAAUAACCCCAUGAAAAUGGAUGUUGCCUGCAAGGUCAUGCUAGGAGGGAAAAAUGUAGAAGAUGGUUUUGGAAUUGCAUUCCGGGUCCUGCAGGAUUUCCAGCUGGACGCUGCUGCCACCUACUGCAGAGCUGCCCGGCAGCUGGUGGAGAGUGAGAAAUACAGUGAGAUACGACAGCUGCUCAAGUGCGUCAGUGAGUCAGGCAUGGCUGCCAAAAGCGAUGGGGACACCAUCCUUCUCAACUGCUUGGAAGCAUUCAAAAGAAUUCCACCCCAGGAGCUGGAGGGGCUGAUCCAGGCAAUACACAAUGAUGACAACAAGGUUCAGGCCUACCUGACAUGUUGCAAACUGCGUUCUGCUUACUUGAUUGCCGUGAAGCAAGAACACUCACGAGCCACAGCCCUCGUCCAGCAAGUGCAGCAGGCGGCCAAGAGCAGCGGGGACGCAGUAGUGCAAGACAUCUGCACCCAGUGGCUUCUGACAAGCCGCACCCGAGGAGCCCACAGCUCGGGCUCCAAGAAGUGACCCUGGGCCACAGGGAUGAACACUGUGGAAGAGGACUGCUGGAGAUGUUCUGCACUCUUUCCUCCUGGACCACGGGAGUUCCCUGGUGCUGCCCCAGGUCAGAAAGAGCUGGAUUGGCCCCUACUUGCCGUCUUGGGCAAGAACAGGAGCUUUCACGCAAGUGCCAUGUUUCUGUAAGAUUGUGGGUUCUGUGUGUGUUUGUCUAGAGAUGGCCAGUUCUUUCUACCUCAGAGUGAGUGAGUGAGUGUGUGUUUAAACUCCUGUGUACUCAUGUUUACGCCCAAGCAUUUCUGAACAAACAAACUCUCCCUCACUAACAAAAGGCACUUUACUUUAGACUUCUGCCCUUCUAAAAGCCUUUCCUGCCUUUUGGUUCUCAACCUGGGUCAUCCUGUUUGUACACAGACUCCUCCAUGUGGAGACACUCUGGUAGCGCCUCAUAGGUAGAAGGGUUUUACAGAGAAUUAUAAAGCAGCUCCAAAAGGAUUGUUCCUCUCUCUAAAAUUCAUUGUUGGCUUUGGGGAAAGUGCUACCUAUGGAAUAAAACUGUUCCAGUGUCUCCUCACAAGCACAAGGAGUUACUGUGAGUCUUUGAAAAGUGGUCUGAAUAAAAGGGUCCCUAUGUGCUGAUGUCUGAAAGCUGUGGGUGCAUGUGCAAGUGCUCGGGUCUGGAGCCCCACACAUGGGCAGGAGGGGCCCCAUCACAUUCACCCAGCAGGGAGAGGAAGGUGAACCGCUCCAAACAGGAACAUGGGGAAGUUGCUAACAAGAGCAGAGCUGGCUUUUGUGAACAUCCCAGCUGCAAAGUGAGAGGAUGUGGCUCCCCCUUUUUGAGAGGCUGGGGAGAAGAACGGUUGCCAGGAUCCAAGGAUUGAUGGCUCAGCUUUGUCCUGUUUGUGCGCCUUCAAUUGGAUAGGAAAACACUUCCUCUUCCCUCCUGCUUCUCUUCAGGAACGAGGAAUGAAUGUGCAUAACCCAGGUCACUGAAAGCAGUGAACUUGUCCCAUCACAGGGAGUCAAGGGUUGAGCCUGUGGACAAGGCUCAAGACAAGGGAACAGUGAGUGGGAAAUAGGCCAGGUGCUCCUUUGAUAUGCACCGGUGUGUCUUCCCACACAAGAUGCAACUGUUUUUGCGGUGUCUGUCAUUCUUUGUGACUUGGAUUUGUAAAUGAGAGGCCUGAGAAAAGCUCUGCAGCUCCCCACCUCCCACUAACCCAAGCUCAGCCUGCCCAUGUCAUAUUUGCUGCUGAGAUAGGAACCGGAAGCCCAAGUCAGUAUCUCUGGUGCUUAGAAACCUUGUGGAUUUCCCUGUAAGCCAGGUUUUUAAUAAGCAACUCGACAGGCACCUGUCAGAUUCAAAGCUUUGAUCCUGCUAGAGAGGGGAAAGACUGCGAAGAAAGUACUAGAUCCCUUUGUGGGGAAAUUUGACAAGUAACUCUUUUUUCUUUGAGUCAGAUUGCAUCCGUCUCCCGGAGGUGUCAUUCCAUGGCAUCUGCUUGCCCUUCUGAGUCUGCCCCUUUUGCACUGAACCUAAGCACUUUAUAUAAAUGGGUUGCAAGUUAUGCAGCCCUUAAUUUGGGAUGUUAAAACCAGAUUUUCCUGGCUUUUUGCGCUAACAUUGAACUAUAAAUAGGCACUGACUAGACUGACAUAAGACGAGGCUAAAGGCCUUUGAGCAUCACAUGUGUGUGGUCUCCAGCAAAAAAUUAACCAAUGUACAUGUCAAAGGGUUGAAUGUUUUACUGCAAACAGGUCACAAUAAAGUAUCUGUCAU